AUGUUACGAUAUUUUUAUUUACUAAGUUUCCUAUUGUAUUUUCAAUUGAUAUUUUGCUAUGAUUAUUUAAAUAAUGAUGCUUUAGAUCACCAGUAUAGGUCCGUUAAUGGAUAUGAAAAUAGAAAUACUAAUAAGCAUCCUAAACUACAUAAAAAGAAGAUGCAUAGAAAACGUCAAGAGUAUAAGUUUUUAGAUACUGAACCUAUUGCACAGUUUGAUUUAGCUAGUUUUAUACAAGGUCCUGAUAAUAUCGCAGAACGUAAUGGGCUAUAUGGAGACUCAGCUCGUAAAAGAAGGUUGCCUUCAAAAGAUUACAGUGAAUAUGAAAGUAUAAAGAAUUUAAACACAGAUGACAAGCUACAUGAUAAGUGGGAUGAAUACAUGGAUUCAGCGCAAGAAAAUUCGGCAGAAGCUAAUGAAAAGUAUAUGCCUUUAAAAGAAUUACAGAAUCAUAAAGAUGCAGACGAAAUCGGAAAAGUAAAUUCACAGCACAAUCAGGAAAAUAUUUACAAAAAUAUGUAUCAAGAUGAAAAAAGCCUAAUACAUUAUCAACAGAAAAAAGGGGCUCUACAAAAUUUUAGGUUCCCGUUUUUUUCCCAUAAAAAGCCUGACACAUUAAAAUCUACAAAAAAUAAAAAGCGGAAAACAGCUUUAUCAAAUAGUUCUAAAAUUGAAAAACCAAAAGAACUUAUAACAGUGAAUGGCCAGAUUUUAAAUGUUGAUAGAGAAAUGCUUGUCAACGCAGAUAGUCCAUACAACUUCAAAAUAAACAAAAGAUCUUAUAUCGAAAGAUUAUGUCCGAAGUGUAAAAGAAAAUACAUCGAUAGUCUUAAAUCACUUCCCAGAAUCAGGCGUGUCUCGAGCAACAUUAUUCACAAUAGUAGACAAUUUUAUCAAAACACCAAAGAAGCAGGUGGGAUUUCUAACAACAAAAACAGUUCUGGAAACAAAGAAAAUCUUACUAUAUCUCCAGAAGUUCGUUACAAAAGGCAGCAGUCGAAUGAAGACAAAGAAAGACAGAUGAAAGAACUCGAAGAAGUUGAGAGAAAAAUUGACAGCGUGGAAAUAAAUUCGUAUGCGUUUCAAAAGAUUAAGUCUUCCACUGCAAGUAUCAAAUUAUGA